AAAAAGAGGAGGAGGAGGAGAGGAAACAUUGAAAGAAGAAAAGCUCGGCUUCAAAAAAGGAAUGGAGCUAGUAGCUUUAAACCUCUCAACAAAAAUUCCAAGACAAAAACCAGCCUUCCUCUCUACAACAUCAAAGAGUCUUCUCUUUCGCAAUUAUCAUUACCAGUUACGGAAAAGAACAAGUAAUCAAUUUCGAUUUCAAGCCAGGAAUAAACAGCAACAACAAUUCUUGAUUAGUCAAAUAGAUUCGGAAAGUGAGCUGGAAUUCGACAGCGAUGAAGAUGAAGACGAGAUGUCGUCUGGUUUGUUAUCAUUAAGCGUGAAACCAGACAGGAACAUGGCUUUGCUUGACGAUUACGAGAUUGAAGAACUUGCCUUUCAUGAUUCCUCCAAUUCUAAUCAUCGUAGCGGGUACGUGGCAGUGGUAGGGAAACCGAAUGUAGGAAAGAGCACGCUUUCGAAUCAAAUGAUAGGACAAAAGUUGUCGAUUGUUACUGAUAAACCUCAGACUACUAGACAUCGCAUUCUUGGUAUUUGUUCCGCUCCAGAUUACCAGAUGAUACUUUAUGAUACACCAGGUGUUAUCGAGAAGAAAAUGCACAAGUUGGAUUCUAUGAUGAUGAAGAAUGUUAGGAGUGCUGCCAUCAAUGCUGACUGCGUACUAGUUAUUGUUGAUGCAUGCAGAGCGCCUGAAAAGAUUGAUGAAAUGCUGGAAGAAGGUGUGGGAAACCUCAAAGACAAUGUGCCCACUUUACUUGUAUUGAACAAGAAAGACUUGAUCAAACCUGGUGAAAUUGCAAAGAAACUUGAGUGGUAUGAGAAAUUUACAGGUGUUGAUGAGGUCAUACCUGUGAGUGCCAAAUUUGGUCAAGGAGUGGAAGAUAUCAAGGAAUGGAUACUUUCAAAACUUCCCAUGGGGCCAGCUUAUUAUCCAAAGGACAUUGUUAGUGAGCACCCAGAAAGAUUCUUCGUAGCUGAAAUUGUAAGAGAAAAGAUCUUUAUGCAAUUCCGCAAUGAGGUUCCUUAUGCAUGUCAGGUCAAUGUGGUCAGCUAUAAAGCUAGGCCAACAGCCAAAGAUUUUAUUCAAGUGGAGAUUGUUGUUGAGAAGAACACACAGAAGAUCAUUAUCAUUGGAAAAGAAGGGAAGGCUUUGAAAUUACUUGCCACAGCUGCUCGGCUGGACAUUGAGGAUUUCCUUCAGAAGAAAGUAUAUCUUGAGAUAGAAGUGAAAGUAAAAGAGAAUUGGCGGCAAGAUGAAGGGCUUUUGAAGUAUUAUGGCUAUGGAGGGCAAAUUAGCGCAUUAUAGCAUGAAGUUUUUAUCAAUUUGUCUGCAUUCAACCGGUGCAAGUGAAGCUGCCACACCAUUGUAAAAUUGUUACAUAGAGUUCAUUCCAAUUUUCCAUUUGCUUUGAUCUUUUCCAGUUAAUAGAAGCCUUGUCGAUCCUCUCAGUAGUUAGGCCAGCUGUUGUUGUAACUUGUAACCUUGGCUGGAAAAUUUUGUCCGUCCAUGGGCAAUGCUCUGCCCCAUUCUCUAUGUGUGAGCGAAAAACACCAGCCAUAUCUUCAUGUUG